AUGAGUAAUACUAAUGACUUUGACUUUGGUGACUUCGAAGUACAUAGUACAUCAUCUCAGCAGCAACAACAUCAAGGUCAAGAUCAACAACAAGGACAACUACAACAUAUAACAUUUGAUGACUUUGGUGACUUUGCUGCACCUACCAACAUAUCAACAUCAACUGCAGCAGCAGCAGCAGCAGUACCUGUGCAACAACAGAUAACGUUUGAAGACUUUGGUGACUUUGAAUCAACAACAUCCCCAUCAUCAAAUACAUUAGAUGACCUCAUCACAUCGACUCCCAUUAAUAAUAAUAAUGAUCCGAUACAGCAACAACAACCACAACAACAACUACAGACACAGCAACUUAAACGAGUAUUCGAUGACUUUGGUGACUUUGAAUCAACACCUCCAUUGCAAUCGACCAACAAUGUGAUCAACAAUCAGAUAAGAUUCGAUGACUUUAGCUCACUCACAGAUGAUAAUGAUGAUGACAACACCUUCUCCUCAUUCACUGAACCUCCACCAAUACCUGCACUUGAUGAUGAUGUACCUGAGCCUGAGCAAGAGCAUGAGCCUGAGCCUGAACCUCACACUCCCGCUACUCAGCCACCCACCAUCAUCGAGGCACAGGAAGAACAUGAUGUACCAGUGCCAAGCCAACAACUGGGGAAGGUCAUGUUUGAUGACUUUGCCGACUUCCAAUCUACGCCGCCACUUCAAUCAACAAACAACACCAUCAACAAUGAGAUACGAUUCGACAACUUCUCCGACAUCUCCGACAACUUCACAAACAACAUAUCAUCACAACCUGAGUCUUCACCUUCUCCUCCUCCUCCUUCCAACCAGACAGAGCAACAACAACAACAACAGCCUUCAUUCGAUGACUUUAGCGACUUCUCAUUCACUCCAGCUGUCAUCACACAACAGAUACCAGCAUCGGUGACCGACCAUUCAGGCAACACAAACCCAAUCAACAAUGGAAAUGACGACUUUGACAGUCUUCUCUCGUUCUCAACAGUUCCUGUCAUUCCUGUUGUUGCCUCCAGUGACAGCCCGCCUGCGACUGCGCCUGCGACGACACAAUUUGAUGAGUUUGACUUCUCCUCAUUCACUCCAGUCACAGCCCCAGUCCCAGUCCCAGUCCCAGUACAUUCGAAUACGGUUGAUGAUGACUUUGAUCAAUUCUCAUCCUUCUCAAGUUCAUCCGUCACUGCCCCUGUCACUAUCCCUGUCCCUGUCCCGACUACUCCAUCACCACCUACUACCAAUCAAUCGGUCGUCAGCAACAACACACUUGAUGAUGCCUUUGAUGACUUUGGAGACUUUGAAACUACGCCACCAUUGCAAUCGACCAACAAUGUGAUCAACCAACAGAUACGCUUCGAUAACUUUGAACUCAACGAUCCUUCCUCAUUGGGCCAAGACACAAAGAAUGAUUCAUCAUUCGACGAUUUCGAUCAGUUCACUUCAUCCUCAGUACCACCUCCAUUGUCCGACUCUGAAGAGGAUCAGGUGAGUGAGACUGUAGUCUCCCCCGUUGUGGCCUCACCCGCAGCCACUUUACCUGUUACUGCUGAGGCAGAGACUGAGGCCAAAGUGGAGCAAGAGGAGGAGCAGGUUGAGCAGCCAAGCUUGGAACAGGAUGACGAUGACAUGUUCGACUUUGAUGAGCCACAACAACUAUCACUAUCAGACAUUCAACAACUGACUGCUGCCUCUAUCGUCCACGAUCAAUCGACGAAUCAAACAAAUGAUGCCGCCUCAAUCAUCCCAUCAAUUGACAAUGAUGACAACAACGACAAACCCACAAACAUGGACCAGCAUGACACACUCAAUCUCAAUAUCCAUCCCAAUCCCUUGGCCGACUCAUUGAAUGAGAUUGCCAGUCCACGCCUGCAUGAUGACAAGUUCGUCCACUUUAACGAUGCCAAUGAUCUUAUAAUAGAGACCACUGCCUCGGGAUCAGAGUCCACUGGUGGCAUGGAUGUGCUUAAUGAGAAGCCACACUCUGCUCAGCUCACAUUGGACGACACGCCCUCUUUGGACAAUGAUGGAGACGACUCCAAUGACAACCUGGGAGUCAAUAUAUCAAUCAUCACACCACUCACUCCACCAAUGAUACGCGCACGUACACCAACAUCUGCGAUGGAGGUCAUUGAUGCUGGAUUCAAAUCAUUGGCACAUGAUGACGACGAUGAUGAUGACAAGCAGGAUGAGUUUGACGACUUUGGUGACUUUGGCGAUUUCAAACAACCUCCAACAAUGUCGACUUCCACUGCCGCUGCCACUAGCGUUAGCGUCAACAACGAUGAUGAAGAUGAUGGCUUUGGUACAUUCAAUACAACAGCUGCUGCGGAUGAUGACGAUGACUUUGGCGACUUUGGUGACUUUGGCGACUUCAAGCAGCCACCAACAACAGCCCUGUCCACCUCAACUUCCCAGAUGCCCAAGUUUGAACCAAUUCCUGUCUCCGCCCCUGCCCCUACCUCUGCUUUUAAAGAUGCCAUUCAAGCCCCAAUCAAACAGACUAGUUAUGAUCAUAUUAAGGAGAAUGUUAUCAAGAUAUUCUCGCAUCACACUUGCUUCACAAAGUUGGCUCCGCCAUCAACUACUACAAGUCCAAAGUCCAGUCCCAAGCCAAGUGAAGUGGUGGAGUCCGACUCUCCAUCACAGGAAGAGGUCCUCGCUGAGGAGGGACAAGUAUCCCCAGCAAAGGCAGAGCCAGCAACUGAUUCCCCAAAGAAGGAGAGCACUCUGGAUGACAUCCUAAAGUCAAGCACUCACAUUGAGAAGACACUAUACCACAUCCCUGAGCAGUCUGGCUUUGUUGCUCCACUUGCUCCAUUCGAUUUAAAGACAUCAUCGAUUGAGAGUUACUUUAUCCAAUCAUUAAGACUUGCACCUGGAUGUCUGGACAUAAUAAAUAAGAUUGAGAGAGAGAACAGUAGUCAACCAUUGCAACCAAUGUCAUCGAGCAAUAGUAUGACACCAACUACCACUCAACCAAUAACACCAGUGAUCACAACAUUUGACUUUAUGGAUGGCAGUGAUACAUCAACAUCUUCAACUCCACCACAACCAAUAAGGAGUAGCGGCGGCGGUGGCUUUGACCUGUCCGGCAGUGCCGCCCGCAUCUCCAACGCAUCACAACUCAAUCAAGUCCUCUCCAAGAUACCAGACCUCUCAUUCAUGCUCUCCACACACUGCGAAUUCCAAGCCACCCAUAAACAUCAGUGA